GGUGUUUGCUGUCAGUCAGAAGAAAGCGGAGCGAUGCUAGUCGUCUGACCGCAGGACUGAAGGGACAGACUGGGUUUUAAAUCAGACCGGACCCCUCUGGAAUGAGGUCUGGUGUUUCCAGAACCAGACACGAGCAAGAACGAGAGCCAUGGUGACCAAGAAAAUCCGGACAGAGUAUAUGAAGAAGUUCAAGGAUCCAAAAUGGGAGACGUUUUCCAAAUGCUACGAGGACUCUCUGAAGUAUCGUCUGACCCGGCGGGUGAUGGAGCAUUCCCACAAGCCCUGGUUCUGGGAGGGCUGGGACAGCGGCUCUGACUCCAGCGGCUGGUCCACGCCAAGGCUGACCAGGAACAAGAUCGCCCCUCUGUCCCUCCCACCGCCGACGUCUUCAGAGAGGAAGCAGAGGCUGUCCAGCCCCGGACCAAAACCGCCUCCUGAGGACGGAGAGACCGAGGUUGGAGCUGGGGAGGCGACGGUCGUAGACGCUGCACCAUCUGGAGAAAACGGUGUGAAUGAAGCCAGCGGUGGUUCGAUGACGGUGGCUCCAAACAGCAGCGGACCCUCUGAUGACACGGAGACUGACAACGGUCCUGCUGACUCGCCGUCUUCUGAUGGGGAGCCUGUAAACCCGGUACCCAGGCGACGGCACCGCCGCCGAACCCCUCGCUCCGAGCCCGGACACCGGGACAGUUCCCACGACGACAAACCGGCUGUCAUCCGCAAACCGCCGAGAGCGAAGAGCCAACCACCGAUCAGCACCAAGGAGAACCGACGGCCGUCCAGCCGACUGGACUGGACUGAGAGACAUACAGAGGUCAGGAGGACGCCGAAUGACACCAACACGUCCGAUGGCUGCGCUCAGACCCGGCGGGAGUCCGACAAACGGAGCUCCAACCUGGACCGUCGGCGGGCUCGGUCAGCUGACCUAGAGAAGAUGAGGCGGUCGCAGCUGACGGUGGUGGACGACCGCUGGAUGACGGAGUACAUGCGCUGCUUCUCCGCCCGGCUGAGGUAGAGACGGGAUCCGGCCCGACCCCUGAGAACCAUGUUUCCUCAUUGAAGGGCAGAUACCAAACACUG